AUGCCAAUUGUUAGAACACAGAUUUGUGUUGAAGAGAUUAUGCGCAGCAAUAAGAGUUGGGAGAGAGUGAGAAGCAUAUUUGGAAUGUCUCGCCCUACUGAAGCUGUUAAAGAUAUCAAUGAUUCCAAAGAUUUAUGGAAAAUUGCUGUUAGAUGCAAGCAUAUGUGGACUGUAACCAGUGCUUCAAACAAGGAGCACAUAGAGAUGCUGGAUUUGAUUCAAGCUAUUGUGCCAUCUUAUUUGGUUCCGAAAUUCAAGAUGCAGUUGGCAAUUGGAAGUUCAUACGUUAUGCAGAAUUUCAAAGUCUCGAAUAAUGACUUCUCUUUUAGGUCUACAAAGCAUAUUUGCAAAUUGGUUUUCUGUGGAUCUACUUCUGUGAAAAAAAUGGACAUUGACAACAUUCCUUCAAACUACUUAAACAUACUUGGUUUCGAUGCAAUAGUUGAAGGAAAGUUUCAGUCUAAUUUGUUAGUUGAUGUCAUUGGAGGAGUUACUGAGAUUUCUCAAUCCCAAAUAAUACCUGACAAUAACAAGAGCAAAGUGGUUUUCACAUUGACUGACAUGAGCAAAAGCUCUGUUCAAUGUACUCUAUGGGGUCAACUUGUUGUCCAACUCUAUAAAUAUUAUACAAAUAACAAGGAUGAUGGCAAUAUUGUUGUUUUACUUAUUAAUGCAAGAAUUAAGGAAGCACAAGGAGCUUAUCCAUUGAAUGUAUCCAACGCAUGGAGUGGCACAAGAUUAUUGAUAAAUGAUGUUAGCGUUAGUGAGAUAAACGAGCUUAAAGAAAGUCUGAAGAAUGAAUUACCAUUGUUGUCUUCUUCGAGUCUGCAAGUGGAUGUCACGCAGAACUCACAGUUCUCAGAAUUCGAUAAGUUUGUGUGGAAAGCUCAAAUUUUGAGUCUGGAAGAAAUUGCAAUUCUUCGUGAUGAGACAACCUGUGUCACCAUUGCAACAUUGGAAAAAUUUGAAUGUGGGCAGUCAGGAUGGUUUUAUGAUGAAUGUACUAGAAGUGUCUCUUUAAAGGAUGGAAAACUGAUGUGUUAUUCCAAACAUGUGUCUGCAGUGUGA